AUGCAUUUGACGCUCAGCCCCGUGAGGACGGCGAGGAAGGCCGCGGCCGCGGCGGCGCACGCGCGUUCCGCGAGCGAGCCGUGCCACCCGGCGCUCGCGCGCCUCGAGGGCACCGUGCGCGCGCUCAGGUCGUGGUCCUGCUGCUGUGGUGGAGCCGUGGACGGCUCUUCCUCCAGCUACGGCCUCGCGCUCCUGGAGGCCGUCCUCGCCACGCUCGGCGAGACGCUCGCGACGCCGCGGGCCGCGGCGGCCCUCCGCGACGCCGGCGACCAGGCGCUCGACGGCUUCCUCGCGCUCGCGGACGCUUACGGCACGUUCGGCUCCGCGCUGCUCGCGGCGAGGCAGAGCGCGGCGGACGCGCGGGCGGGCGCCCGGCGCGGGGACGGCGCGGCGGUGGCCGCGUCCGCGCGCGCGCGCAGGCGGACCGAGAGGGAGCUGCGCCACCUCGCCGCCGCGAUGCGGCACGCCUCGCGGCACGCGGCGGCGGUGCCGGGCUCCGCGGACGCCGCAGGCGCUGAAGUGAUCGGCGUCGUGGCGGAGGCGACCGUGGCCGUGGCGGAGGCGUCGGCGGUCAUCUUCUCGCGGUGCGCGGCCAUGUCGCCGGACGUGUCGGCCGUGUCCUCGCGCAAGUGGCUGGCGAGGCUGGGCGUCGCGCCGGCGACCAGCAAAGUAGCGCCGGAAACGGUGGCAUCGGCAUUGGAGAGGCUUGAGGAGCUAGAGGAGUGCAUUGCCGGGCUGGAGAGCGGGAGCGAGAAGGUGUUCAGGAGGCUGCUGCAGAGUAGAGUUUUACUCCUUAACAUCCGUAAUCCCUUGUAAUUCCUCGGCUGUGUUGCAUACUUGCGGUCAGGAUUUCAGAGUAUCAAAUAGGAAAUAUACAGAGUAGUUUCAGUUGGGAUGAACCACACUCUUUGCUUCUUGAACAGAAUCG